AUUGUCUCUGCCUUUACAACAGAGGGAGACGAUGGACUGAGCAGACCCACACCAUGGAGUCUCGGGUCUUACUGAGAACAUUCUGUUUGAUCUGCGCUCUCGGGGCAGUUUGGGGGCUUGGUGUGGACCCCUCCCUGCAGAUUGACGUCUUAACAGAGUUGGAACUUGGGGAGUCCACAGAUGGAGUGCGCCAGGUCCCGGGGUUGCAUAAUGGGACGAAAGCCUUUCUCUUUCAAGAUAUGCCCAGAAGCAUAAAAGCAUCUGCUGCUACAGCUGAGCAGUUUUUUCAGAAGCUGAGAAAUAAACAUGAAUUUACUGUUUUGGUGACCUUAAAACAGACCCACUUAAAUUCAGGAGUUAUUCUGUCCAUUCAUCAUUUAGAUCACAGGUACCUGGAACUAGAAAGCAGUGGCCAUCGGAAUGAAGUCAGACUACAUUACCGCUCAGGCAGUCACCGUCCUCACACAGAAGUGUUUCCUUACAUUUUGGCUGAUGACAAGUGGCACAAGCUCUCCUUAGCCAUCAGUGCCUCCCAUUUGAUUUUAUACAUUGACUGCAAUAAAAUUUAUGAAAGAGUGGUGGAAAAGCCCUCCACAGACUUGCCUUUGGGCACAACAUUUUGGUUGGGACAAAGAAAUAAUGCACAUGGAUAUUUUAAGGGUGUAAUGCAAGAUGUGCAAUUACUUGUCAUGCCCCAAGGAUUUAUUGCUCAAUGCCCAGAUCUGAAUCGCACUUGUCCAACUUGCAAUGACUUCCAUGGCCUUGUGCAGAAAAUCAUGGAGCUGCAGGAGGUCUUAGCCAAAACAUCAGCCAAGCUGUCUCGAGCUGAACAGCGCAUGAACAGACUGGAUCAGUGCUAUUGUGAGAGGACUUGCACCAUGAAGGGAGCCAUCUACCGAGAAUUCGAGUCCUGGACAGAUGGCUGUAAGAACUGCACGUGCCUGAAUGGAACUGUCCAGUGUGAAACCCUGAUCUGCCCGGAUUCUGACUGUCCACUUAAAUCGGCUCUUGCAUAUGUGGAUGGCAAGUGCUGUAAGGAAUGCAGAUCCAUAUGCCAAUUUCAAGGACGAACCUACUUUGAAGGAGAACGAAAUACAGUCUAUUCCUCUUCUGGUGUGUGUGUUUUAUAUGAAUGCAAGGACCAGACCAUGAAACUUGUUGAAAGUUCAGGCUGUCCAGAUUUAGAUUGUGCAGAGUCUCAGCAGAUUACCUUGUCUCAUAGUUGCUGCAAAGUCUGCAAAGGUUAUGACUUUUGUUCUGAGAGGCAUAACUGCAUGGAAAAUUCUGUCUGCAGAAAUCUGAAUGACAGGGCCGUGUGCAGCUGUCGAGAUGGUUUUAGGGCUCUUCGGGAGGACAAUGCCUACUGUGAAGACAUUGAUGAGUGUGCUGAAGGGCGCCAUUACUGUCGUGAGAACACCAUGUGUGUCAACACCCCAGGUUCUUUCAUGUGCAUCUGUAAAACUGGAUAUAUCAGAAUUGAUGAUUAUUCAUGUACAGAGCAUGAUGAAUGCAUCACAAAUCAGCACAACUGUGAUGAAAAUGCUUUAUGCUUCAACACAGUUGGAGGACACAACUGUGUUUGUAAGCCUGGCUAUACUGGGAACGGAACUACAUGCAAAGCAUUUUGCAAAGAUGGCUGUAGAAAUGGAGGAGCCUGUAUUGCUGCUAAUGUGUGUGCCUGCCCACAAGGCUUCACUGGACCCAGCUGUGAAACGG